AGUCUUUGGUAGUGCAUCAAGGUAUUCAGGAACUUGCGUUUGAAGCUAAAAGCGGUUUAAGCGGGGAGAUCAGAUGCGCACUAGCGCUCACCGGACCUAUUUCACUGCAGAGGAGCCUAGUGGAAACCCAAACUCCAUCGCCGAAAUAAUCCAAAAGCUCUAGGAGAGAUCCAUACAGCAUUGAUCUCAAUCUCAGUCUCUGAAUUGUACGCAAAAAUCACAGAAAUUAAAUAUUGGUGAUCGCGGAGAUUGAGAUCCGGAUUCUUCCAUGGAGGCUCCGCAUGGUGGAUCCGACAGAGACAAGCCUAUGCCCGCAUCUUCUUCUCCUAUCCCCGUCGUCUCUAAUUUCUGGAGAGAAUUUGAUUUAGAGAAGGAAAGGAGUGUGUUGGAUGAACAAGGGCUUAGAAUAGCUGAAAAUCAGGAAAACAGCCAGAAAAAUCGGCGGAAGCUUGCAGAGAGCACUCGAGAUUUCAAGAAAGCUUCACCAGAUGAGAAGUUAAAUUUGUUUAAUUCUUUACUAAAGGGUUAUCAAGAAGAAGUUGAUAAUCUUACUAAGAGAGCAAAAUUUGGAGAAAAUGCUUUUCUUAACAUCUACCAGAAACUUUAUGAGGCUCCAGAUCCUUAUCCAGCGCUUGCUUCAAUUGCUGAGCAAGAUAUGAAAUUGUCUGAGCUAGAGUCUGAGAACCGGAAGAUGAAAGUGGAACUUGAGGAGUUCAGGACAGAGGCAACUCAUCUAAAGAAUCAACAGGCAACAAUAAGAAGACUUGAAGAGCGUAAUCGCCAGUUAGAACAACAGAUGGAGGAGAAGGUGAAGGAAAUUGUGGAAAUGAAGCAACGCAGUUUGGCAGAAGAGAACCAGAAGACACUAGAGGUUUUAAAAGAGAGGGAGCAAUUAUUGCAGGAUCAAUUACGACAAGCUAAAGAAAGUGUUUCUAAUAUGCAGAAACUACAUGAACUUGCACAAAGCCAGAUGUUUGAACUUCGUGCCCAAUCAGAGGAAGAUACAGCAGCAAAACAAUCAGAAGUCAGCCUUCUAAUGGAUGAAGUUGAACGGGCUCAAACACUGCUUCUUAGCCUUGAGAGGGAGAAGGGACUUCUACGCUCCAAGUUACAGUCAGCAAACGAUGAGAAUGGACAAAAGAAGAGUGAUAAUCUAGAUUCAAAUAGUAUACUUGAAAAUUCUUUGAGUGCCAAAGAAAAGAUUAUCUCUGAGCUGAACAUGGAACUUCACAACAUCGAGAUCACCUUAUCCAAUGAGCGAGAACAACACGUGAAUGAGAUCAAGAGGUUGAAUGCAUUGCUAAAUGAAAAGGACCUUGCUCUGGAGGAGAUCAAGAAGGAGCUUCUGGCAAGGCCAACAGCAAAAUUAGUUGAUGAUUUACGUAAAAAAGUGAAAAUUCUGCAGGCAGUUGGUUAUAAUUCAAUCGAGGCAGAAGAUUGGGAAGUUGCUACUAGUGGUGAGGAGAUGAGUAAACUGGAGUCCCUUCUUCUUGAUAAGAAUCGGAAAAUGGAACAUGAACUCACACAGUUAAAGGUCAAACUUUCGGAGAAAACAUCUUUACUGGAAACAGCUGAAGGUAAAAUACUAGAACUUACAGCCAAGGUCAAUGAACAACAAAGAUUGAUACAAAAGUUGGAAGAUGAUAUAUUGAAGGGUUAUAGUUCGAAAGAAAGAAAAGGUAGUUUGUUUGAAGAUUGGGAUCUAUUGGAUAAUGGGGCAACAGAGACAUCUCAGCGUGCAGAACAAAAACAUGUUUCUCCAGAUCAGGAACAAAACUCAAUGCUUAAGGUGAUCUGCAAUCAGCGAGAUCGGUUUAGAGCACGGUUGCGAGAGACAGAAGAGGAAGUAAAACAGUUGAAAGAGAAGAUAGGGCUGCUAACAGUGGAACUGGAAAAAACGAAAGCUGACAAUGUCAAACUCUAUGGGAAGAUUCGUUAUGUCCAGGAUUAUAAUCUUGAGAAAGUUGUUUCUAGAGGAUCAAAGAAGCAUUCAGAAGAUCUUGAGAGUGGUUUCAGCUCAGAUGUUGAAUCCAAGUACAAGAAGAUAUAUGAGGAUGAUAUAAAUCCCUUUGCUGCUUUCUCCAAAAAGGAAAGGGAUCAAAGGUACAAGGAGUUGGGUAUCAGGGAUAAAAUUACACUUAGCAGUGGGCGAUUUCUUCUUGGCAACAGCUGGGGAGCAGUUCAAGCAUGGUUUCUUAUAAGGGAAAAAAAUGAUAUGCCCGGACAUUCGCUUUCUUCUAUACCAUUGGGUUACAUGUCCUGGUGUUCACCUGCCUAUACAGAAUGUCAGCUCUGAGCCAUCUUAGCAAUGGCCCCGAGGAAUCCCUUAUUGGACAGAAAAUCAUCAACCUCCCUCACGCACCUUGAUCUCCAUCCACUGGUUUCUUCUCGUCAUGUGAGACGAGAAUAUAGGACAAAAAUCAUGGCCACGGAUAUCUUAAACCAUGUAUAUACGACAAAAAUGAUUUUAUCUUACUCCUUUCUUGCCUGGUUAAAUAUUGCAGAGAAAGCAGUGGCCGAAUUUCUUUUCUUUUCUUUUUUUUUCUUUUUUUGGAAAUUCUUUUAUGUUAAUCAACUAAUAUGAACUCCAAAGACAAAAAAAAAAAAAUGAGAUAUACAGAUGCCCUUUGUUAAUAAAAUCCUAAAAUGCCCUUCUGUUAUUUUCAAA